AUGGCUCCAGUCAAGGUCUACGGCAUGAACAUGUCGACCUGCACCAAGAGGGUGCUCACCACUCUCGAGGAGGCGGGUGUUACGGUGAACCAGUGGUUGGAGGUGGAGGCGCAGAACUACAACCCGCCCCUCUCAGCGCUGAUCGCGGAGAAAGUGUUCAAGCCCAUGUUCGGUGGGGGCGAGCCCGACCUGGCUCAGGCAGAAGAGCUCAAGGCGAAGUUCUCGAAGGUUCUCGAUGUGUACGAAGCUCACCUGGCCAGCAACGAGUACCUGGCGGGGUCGAAUUUCUCCCUCGCGGAUCUGUCGCACCUGCCCUACACGGCUCUGCUGUGGGUGUCAGGAGAUUCGGAUCUGAUAACCUCGCGUCCGAAUGUGAAUGCGUGGUGGGAGAGGAUUUCCUCUCGCCCUACCUGGAAGAAGGUUUCCGCGCUGCAGUGA